AUGGCACGAUUACGCGCGGCUCCAGUAAGGCCCACAGAGCAGAAGCCGACUGCUCAUAUCUCUCGCGAAACGCCGCCAAAACCUACACCGUCCACUGCGCGUGGAAAAACCUCCCAGCCCGUGAUCAUUCUUGACGAUAGCGACGAGGAGGAAGCCCCUAAAGAUCUCAAAAAGGAGAAAGAGCGUAUUGAUUGUCUUAAAUAUUUAGACUUGAGCGCUGAAGAGGCCGAUACAGAUGACAGUGAGCAUGAUAGCGCAAACGAAGACGAGUAUGGCUGUGAAAUAUCAGAAGAAGAGAGCAACACAAGUGACGAAACCAGGUCGUCUCCCAUAGCGAAAGAAAAUGGCACCAUGAAAGAAGAUAUUCACGCAAACGGGUUGAUAGACACUAUUAGUGUAAAACACCAGAAAAGAAAAACACUGCGAACAUUAGGGGUCAGCCGGGCGAAUACUCUAUACAAAGCUCGACGAGUUUCAGCUCGAGAAGAGAGGCGUUAUAGUGAUUUUACGACAGGAAGUAACCAUAUCAGUACUGAAAGAGGCGACUAUGAGAAAGAAAAUGACGAGAAAGGCCUGUUUAAUGAAACGAAACCUAACCUUUGCGGUUCUCGCUCUCGACGAAAUACGGGCCACGCCCGAAAGUCAGGAAGAGGCACUUGGAGACCAAGUGUAACGCCACAGUAUGUAUCAGAAAAGGAAGAAAUCCUGUCAAGUGAAAAUGAGGAGGAAGAAGAGUUCGAUUCCCUAGAAGGUUUUAUUGUUGGUGACGAAGAGGACAUUAGUUACUAUGAAAGCGCUGAAGAAGAGAGUGAAGAAAGUGAAGAAGAAAUAUUCACUAAACAGAAAGUUCCAGUAAGGAGACUGUUUAGAGGGAGGAGACCCACCGCGCAACAGCAAGAUAAAGAAGCUGCAAGAAGAAACACAAAGAUCUUCCUCAACACAACAGAUAUACAUAAUUCGUCUCAACUUGAUUAUUUGACAGAGGCCCUGAAAGAAACAACUCUUUCUCCAACUGAAUUACAACAGCCAACAUCCAUUGAUCAGGAAUAUCAUGGUGCAUCAAGGGAUGACAAAAAGACUACUAUGAAUCCAGUUUGUGAAAGUGACUCUGAUACAAUGUUCACACCCCCCUCACUUGAUCCAACUCCAGCGCAGAAUGUAGAGGAGGUCUUCACUCCUCCGGGUACCCCAUCAAAAUCUCGUCUCCAGUCGCCUAAAAAAACUCCAAAACGGAUUCCACAAUCCCCAUAUCGGCCAAGUAUUGACGCUUUUUGGAGUCAAAAUGAUGUGAACCACUGGAAUGACCUAUUCACCCCUAAGACGCCAUUUCGAGCGUCUAGAAAGUUGCUUCCAGAGUUCACAAUCUUUGAGGAUAGCCAGGGUGGAGCAGCCGAUGGGAGUUCUUCCGUGCCUUCUUCUCCUGGAGAAUCUUCGAGUUCACCGAAGAAGGGCUGUGAGAGGUCUACAAGGUCGCUCGCAGUAUCGAAGGCUGAAAAACGGGCAUUUGAUGAGAAAAAAAUGGCUCUUGGGGAAGCAUUCUUGAAAGAGCUAGAUGAUCGGGUUAGUGGUGGCCAGAUUCAGCAAAUGGCAGCGGAGACUGGGGGCGUUCAACUCAUCUGGUGCAAAAAACUCAACAAAACAGCCGGUGUGGCAAUCUGGAAACGUGAACAUAUAAAGCAAAAAGAAGUCGUCCAGGAAGUUUCCAGUCAAUUUGCUGCAUGCCACCAACAUAACAACUCCUUUGUUACGACACCUCCAACAACCUCCCCUCUCAAGUCUUCCUACAUACAAUACGCGUCUAUCAAGCUUGCGGAUAAGGUUGUCGAUACUGAGGAGAAACUUCUCAACACCAUCGCUCAUGAGUAUUGCCAUUUGGCGAAUUACAUGAUUUCAAAAGUUCGCGACAACCCGCACGGCGCGAGUUUCAAAAACUGGGCAAAGAAGGUCAUGGCAAUACUUGAUGCCCACCCAGUUUAUGCUGGCCGGAUUCAAAUUACAACAAAGCACUCAUAUAAGAUUAACUACAAAUACAUCUGGAGUUGCCUACUUUGUGCACAGGAGUAUGGGCGGCACUCAAAGAGCAUCGAUCCGACUAAAUCGGGGUGUGGGAGAUGUAAGGGAACAUUGGUGCAGAUUCAACCAAAACCGAGGAAGGCGACUGUAAAAACGGGAGAAAACGUCGAGGUACUUGAUUAA